AAUGCUUUUGCUUUUUGCGGCCUCGGCGAAACGAGUUGAAAAUGCUGGCCACCAGAGCCCUUAGCCUUGUUAGCAAACGUGUCAUCUCCACAUCAAUCUGUGUACGUGGGGGUCAUGGUGUUGCCAAGGUAGACGACUAUGCUCUCCCCUCCUACUUUGACAGACGGGAGAAUCCCCUCCCUGAUGUCAGGUUUGUGACGGACCUGAGCCCAGUGCAGAAAUCCCUGAAGGAGAAGGAGAAGGGCUCAUGGGCCACACUAUCCAAUGAUGAGAAGAUUGCAUUGUACCGUAUCAGCUUCAAAAAGAGCUUUGCAGAGAUGAACAAGGGCUCUAAUGAGUGGAAGUCAGUUGUCGCAGGAAUGCUGUUCUUCAUUGGCGUGACAGGACUGGUUGUCUUAUGGCAGAGGAAGUUUGUGUAUGGACCCGUGCCCCCCACCUUUGAGACAGAGUGGAAAGAAAAGGAGCUCCAGAGAAUGCUGGACAUGAGGAUCAACCCCGUGGAGGGCAUCUCGGCCAAAUGGGACUAUGAGAACAAGGAAUGGAAGAAGUAAACCAACCAUCCAGAUGACCAUGUUACAUACCAAGGCAGAAACAAACGUACAUAUACUGUUGUCUGUAUUUAUCAAUUGUCCACAUUACCUCAGUCAAUGCGUUUUGGAAGGCCUCUUCCUCUUAAGGUUAUUGUGUAUUAUAAAGCAAAAUAAAAUAUCUCAUGUUUACCA